UCCAAACCACCACAUGGGGGCGCCAAAUCUUUCAUCAUGGACAUUACUUUACGUCUUGCUCCGCCCUUACAGCUACGCCCACAACUCAUACUGAACUCCUGCCGCUCUGCAGAAACUAUGUCUUAGAAAACGACAGAUUUUGGCUGAAAAAAAUCAUCAUUAAAAGAUGACGGAACAAUUUGGGAAGAGAUCAGGAGGUCAGAGUGGAAAUCCAAUUAAGCUAUGAUGUAAAUUUAGUUAUUUUGUUGUUUUUUUCAUUUACAGUUAUAUAUUUAAUAGUAAAAUUAUUUAUAAGUUGUUGUAUAAACUAUUCUGUAGUUUUAAAGCCUCCCCAGGUAUUUCUGUUGGAUCUGGUCAGUUCAGUCCCAUUUGUUUUAUAUUUAUAUAUUUUUUGUUUAUUUGGGGACAAUUAAUCUCUGUUUAUUUGUUUUUUGUCAAUGUUUCUGCCUUUAUAUUUACGAGCAGUUGUUUUUUUCUAUUAAGGCGCCCCUUCGCCCCAUUCUCCACCUGGAGGGGGGCUUUGGCGUCUGGACUCUGGGGUUUAUUCUUUUACUGUACGGUCUGAGUGCAGAUGUCAUCGGACCAAGCCCGAACCGCCAAAGAGUCUAGAUGUUUAUACAGCAGAGAUAAGUCUUCACUCCCGUUCCUAACAUCCCUCCUUAUUGGAAUAAACACUAUACUGAACUCAAACUGAGCCGUAGAUCCGGUUCUUCAGAAACCCGUCAGCACCGCGGCGCUUCUGCCACAGCAGAUGCAGCAGCAGCUGUUCAGACGUGGAAACGCCAGAGACGUGCUGGUGUUCAGCGUGCAGCCGUCACAGUUUGUUUCCUAACAGACAUGCAGAUCAUGAUGGGUAAUGUCUGUGUGCAGCAGACACAGCAGUAGAUCCACUGCUAUAUUAAUCCUCAGUAAUCCUCUGCUGGCCACAGAUCCUGCAGCAGCUCUAAAGCUGUUUUACACUCCGGCACCCCCACCCCCCCACAGCUGACUCCACAACCAAACGGACCAACCUCUCUUUGGUCACCCCCCCUCCCAUUCUGUUCUUCAACUCGUUUUUAACUAAUUCUUUGGUUUUAUGUUGGGAUUCAUUCCUGUCAUUGAAGGUCAUCUUCCUGAAAUCUUAUUGGUCGACCUGCUUUGAGAUAGUUGUAAAAUAAACUUCCAUCUCUGCAGUUUCAGAGUAAUCCCCAACCUGGAUCCUCCAGAUCUCCAGAACCUCCUGAACCUCCAAUCGCUGAGUCAAUGAACACACCUGAUGCAGACGGAUUUUUGAAAGUUGUGAUGACGUCCUGCAAGACUGGAGACCGCCAAACCUUUUCAGUGAGUCCGGGAAGUCUUUCAGUGGUUUACAGCACGCAGCGGCUGGGAUUUUUUAUUGAACUGAAGUCAGUCGCGACGCAACACCGCGGGGUAAAUUCACCUGGCGGGACCGCUGGGCUGGGGGCUCCAGUUCUACAAGUGGAUCCACCCAGCCUCCGUCAGAAAGACUCGGGCACCAACGCGACAGCGGGCAGGCGGUCUUUCAUACCCUACAUGUCCCGGUCCGCCCACCGGGCGGAGAUUCAGCGCUGAUGGACUCUUCCCUCUUCACUAGUCAGGAAAUCCCGGCACUACUUCCUGGUCAUCUUUGGCCACGAUGGACAAAAACCUCUGGAGCUGCGGACGGACGAGGAGACGGAUUGUAACGAGUGGGUGGAAUGCAUCCAACAGGCCAGCUACUCCGACAUCAUCAUCGAGCGUGAGAUCCUCAUGCAGAAGUACAUCCACCUGGUCCAGAUCCUGGAGACGGAGAAGAUCGCGGCCAAUCAGCUUCGCACUCAGCUGGAGGACCAGGACACGGAGAUCGAGAGGCUCAAAGCCGAGAUUGUAGUGCUGAACAAGACGAAGGAGCGCAUGCUGCCUCACCACAACAACCAGGAGGAGGAAGACCCAGAUAUCAAGAAGAUCAAGAUGGUGCAGAGUUUCAUGCGAGGCUGGCUCUGCCGGAGGAAGUGGAAGAUCAUCGUCCAGGACUACAUCUGCUCUCCUCACGCCGAGAGCAUGAGGAAGAGGAACCAGAUCGUCUUCACCAUGGUGGAAGCGGAGACGGAGUACGUCCACCAGCUGUCCAUCCUGGUCAACUGCUUCCUCAGGCCGCUGCGCAUGGCCGCCAGCUCCAAGAAACCUCCCAUCAGCCACGACGACGUCAGCAGCAUCUUCCUCAACAGUGAAACCAUCAUGUUUCUGCACGAGAUCUUCCACCAGGGGCUGAAGGCUCGGAUCGCAAGCUGGCCAACUUUAGUUCUGGCCGACCUCUUCGACAUCCUGCUGCCCAUGCUGAACAUCUACCAGGAGUUUGUGAGGAACCAUCAGUACAGCCUGCAGGUUCUGGCCAACUGCAAGCAGAACCGGGACUUUGACAAGCUGCUGAAGCAGUACGAGUCCAACGCCGCCUGUGAGGGUCGCAUGCUGGAAACCUUCCUGACGUAUCCCAUGUUCCAGAUUCCUCGAUACAUCAUCACGCUCCACGAGCUGCUGGCGCACACGCCUCACGAGCACGUGGAGCGCAAGAGCCUGGAGUUUGCCAAAUCCAAACUGGAGGAGCUGUCAAAGAUGAUGCACGACGAGGUGAGCGACACUGAGAACAUCCGGAAGAACCUGGCCAUCGAAAGGAUGAUCGUGGAAGGCUGCGACAUCCUGCUUGACACCAGCCAGACCUUCGUCAGGCAAGGUUCUUUGAUCCAGCUGCCGUCCAGCAGCGAACGGGGCGUGCUCAGUAAGGUCCGGUUGGGUUCGCUCUCCCUGAGAAAGGAAGGGGAAAGGCAGUGUUUCCUGUUCACCAAACACUUCCUCAUCUGCACUCGAACGUCGGGAGGGAAGCUGCACCUGCUGAAACAGGGAGGAACACUGUCACUCAUUGAGUGCACACUGAUCGAGGAGCUGGACUCCAGCGAUGAAGAUUACAACGCAGCGGGUCAAGGCUUCAGCCACCUGGAGUUCAAAAUCGUGGUGGAGCCCGCAGACGGUCAGAGCUUCUCAGUGGUCCUUUUGGCUCCGUCACGCCAGGAAAAGGCAGCCUGGACGAGCGACAUCAGCCAGUGCAUCGAUAAUAUUCGCUGUAACGGCCUGAUGACCAGCGUGUUUGAGGAGAACUCCAAGGUUUCUGUGCCGCAUAUGAUCAAGUCGGACACCCGGCUGCACAAAGACGACGUGGACAUUUGCUUCAGCAAGACGCUGAACUCCUGCAAGGUGCCGCAGAUCCGCUACGCCAGCGUGGAGCGUCUGCUGGAGCGUCUGACCGACCUGCGCUUCCUGUCCAUCGACUUCCUCAACACCUUCCUGCACACCUACCGCAUCUUCACCACCGGCGCCGUGGUCAUCGACAAGCUGGCCGACAUCUACAAGAAGCCGUUCACCUCCAUCCCCGUGAGGAUCGAGCAGCACUCAUACGACCGUCUGUCCAUCAUGUCCCUUUGUCCCGACUACAGUCUGAAGAUCACUCAGCUGGCUCUGGACCAGUCCAAGUCUCUGGAGCUCUUCUUCGCCACCAACCAGGGCUCCUGGGGGGCGGACCCCCUCAACAACAAAUCCCCAAGGCUCUGCCGCAAGUUCUCCUCCCCUCCCCCCCUCUCCAUCCCCUCCCGCACCUCCUCCCCCAUCCACAGCCGUAAACUCUCCCUCAGCUCCCCCAUCAGCAUCAAAGUUGGGGCGUUGGAUCUGUCCACCUCACCGUCCUCCUCUGCAGCCAACUCCCCCACCUCCUCCCACAGCCCCUCCAUCUCCUCGUCUCCCCCCGGCUCCUUCAGGCCCCCCUCGGGCUUCUACUCCCCUCCACCCACCGCCACGCGCUCCCCCAGCCUCCCACAGGCCUCCGGGGUGUGUUCUCCGCCUCCCGGUUCCACCAAAGCGCCCCUGGACCUCAGCCGCGGUCCCAGUUCUCCGGAGCUGAGCCCGGCCGCCGCAGAAGACGUGAGCGGAGAGCUGCCUCGCCUGGACGCCUUCUGUGGGAAGCUGCGGCGCAGCAUCCGCCGCGCUGUUCUGGAGUCGGUGUCUUUGGACAAGUUCAUCCCAGAUUCUCCGUCCAGCAGCGAGCCGGGAGACCUGUCUCCCUGCCGCUCUCCGUCCACGCCGCGGCAUCUCCGCUACCGACAGAGCGGAGGCGCAGCGGGGGAGGGCUCACGCGUGUCGCCUGCCUCGGCCUUCGCCAUCGCCACCGCCGCUGCCGGCCACAGCAGCUCGCAAGGUUUUGUGAACUCUGAGAAAGGAUGCGACAAAGAGUUCAUCAUCCGCAGAGCUGCCACCAACAGAGUCCUGAACGUCCUGCGGCACUGGGUCUCCAAACACUCACAGGACUUUGACAUGAACAGCGAGCUGAAGACGGGGGUGAUGAGUCUCCUGGAGGAGGUCCUGAGAGACCCAGACCUGCUGCCUCAGGAGAGGAAAGCAACAUCCAACAUUUUAAGUGCUCUUUCCCAGGAAGAUCAGGACGACUCUCAGCUGAGGAUAGAAGACAUCCUGCAAAUGAAAAGCUGUCCUCUCCUUCACUUCAUCGCGGCAGAGGGCCCGAAAGUGGAGUGCUUUGAAUCCCUGUCAGCCAUGGAGCUGGCGGAGCAGAUCACCCUGCUGGACCACAUCGUCUUCAGAAGCAUUCCCUACGAGGAGUUCCUGGGUCAGGGCUGGAUGAAGAUCGACAAGUCUGAGAGGACUCCGUUCAUCAUGAAGACCAGCCAGCACUUCAACGACAUGAGCAACCUGGUGGCGUCUCACAUCAUCUCUCACACGGACGUGGGCUCCCGGGCCAGCUCCAUAGAGAAGUGGCUGGCCGUGGCCGACAUCUGCCGCUGCCUCAACAACUACAACGGCGUGCUGGAGAUCACCUCGGCUCUGAACCGCAGCGCCGUCUACCGGCUGAAGAAGACCUGGGCCAAAGUCUGCAAGCAGACGAAGGCGCUGAUGGACCGGCUGCAGAAGAUCGUGUCGUCAGAGGGACGCUUCAAAAACCUCCGGGAGACGCUGAAGAACUGCAACCCCCCCUGUGUCCCCUACCUGGGCAUGUACCUGACUGACCUGGCCUUCAUCGAGGAGGGAACACCCAACUUCACCGAGGAGGGCCUCGUCAACUUCUCCAAGAUGAGAAUGAUUUCCCACAUCAUCAGAGAGAUCCGUCAGUUCCAGCAGGCGCCGUACAGGAUCGAGCACCAGCCCAAGGUGACCCAGUUCCUUCUGGAUAAGGCGUCGGUGAUGGACGAAGACGCUCUUUACGAGCUGUCGCUGAAGCUGGAGCCGCGGGUUCCUCCUGGAUGAUCCGUGUCAGACGGAGCGCGAAUCCCAGACAGUUUUUACGCUUAGAAAACUCAGGAGAAACGGUGCCUUGUAGACGUUCAACCUUACACUCGUAUUCAGUCAACACUUGGAUCAUCGGCGAAACUCUUUGCUCGAAGCAGGAGGUUCUCCGUUAUGACAGUGGAAACAAAAAUAAAUUGUUAAACAAUAUGUUGUUAAAGCCACAACAGAAACAUUGUUCUGUAUGAAGCUCUCAGAAACAAAUCAGAUAACAGACUUUUGUUGGAUUACCAUAUUCAAUUCAAUUCAAUUCAAUUUUAUUUAUAUAGCCCAAUAUCACAAAUUCAAUUUGCCUCAUUGGGCUUCAUGCCUGUAGUUUUUACAGAUGCACAGAUGGAGUCAUAAAAUAUGCACAAUAGGUAAAAACUAAACAGACUAUAAAGAACGGUCAUCCCUGUCUGCAAUGAUUGGAUUGAAAAACGCUCAGGUCUCCGCAGUUCUGCUGUGCUACCAGAUGGGGGUGCUGCAGUUUUUACAGAACAGCAACUUCCUGUUUAUUCGUUUCCUGUGAAUCUAGUCGUUUGCUUUAGAAGAGACAAAAGAACUGCAACUAGUAUUCCAAAUGUAAAUGAUUUUUAAAGAUUGAUUUACAUAAAUGUAUUCAAACAUCACCC